AUGUUUGUUAUGUACCAAAAACCAGUUUUACUGGAAAGAAUUGCGUUUGGUUUGAAACUUGAUGGAUCAACUGAAGUAAGUAAAAAAGCACUGGGCAAACACGCCAUUAAAUAUCUAAAUGAAGUGAAUUAUACCAAUACCCCUCAUUUGAAUUUAUUUCUAUCCUAUAGUGAUAUGAAGCUUGAGGACAUCAAAUCAGGAGGUCCUGGUGGUACUGAAAUAGAACGAGAUGUUAUUUUAGAGAAAAUUAUUGCACAUGAAUAUGCUGAUGCAUUGCGUUUGCUAGAAUCAAAGGAUAUAGUUCAAAAUCAAUAUUUUCAAAAAUUGGAAUGCAUAGCCAACGUACAUUUGUUAGCCAAGGGUUACCACAGUGUGCAAGAAUUAGGGACAUAUUUAAUGGACGUUGAUAACAAAGGUCUUCAUGGGAAUGAGGAGCAAUCGUUGAGACGUCUCAAGUUGCUAAUAUGUGCAUCAUAUUAUAUGGAAGGAAAAUUUUUCGAGUGUUGUUCUAAUUUCUGUAAAUAUGCAGAAAAUGAAUCUGAUCUUCUAGGUUAUUCAAGUGAAGGGUUGCUACUGAAAAAGGAAUAUAUUCUUAUGGUCACAAUUUCAUCAGUAGUUUCGGUACCACUGGAUAAUUAUGCCAAGUUUAUCUAUCUUCAACCUGUCAAUAGGAUUAGAGAUCAAUCCAAAGUAUUAUUAAAUUGUAUGGAACCUCUGAUUCAAACUAGAUUUAAGGAUUUUUUCAAAUAUUGGAACGAAACUAUAGGUGAAUCUUGCUAUCCUUGUCUAUUUGUUAUUGAUCAAUGGAAUUUUGCACAAUUGAUAAUGAGAUCUAAGAUCUACUUUUUUUAUUUAAGAAUAUCCACCAAAUUAGGAAUAUCAUACAUGGCUAAAAUAUUAGGCAUUGAUGAAAGACAAACAAGAGAUGAGAUUCAUCAAUUAGUUGAUUCAACUGGAUUGAACGUUCAAAUUGUUGAUGAUGUUAUAUCAUAUAAAAAUAACCAUUUAUUUCUAGAUGCAGUUGAAAAGUUAAAGAUGAAUGAGGUUCGUCUUCAAUCAAUUUUAGAGGAUCAAAAGAAGAACAAUGUAAAAUUAAGGGAUGAAGUUCAACAAAAUAUUAUAAACAAUGAGGAGGUUAUAGAAGAGACUGUCAGAAGAGAACAGGGUAACAUUAUUGACCAACAAUCAUUUCUAAAUGAGGAUAUGGAUAUCGAUGAUGACAUCACAAUGGAUGAGGUUGAAUAA